AUGACAACACCCCUUCUACCUUCUUCCCUUCCCCUCAUCCCUCUUCCUCCCCCUCAAGUCCUUUAUCCUCAUAUGGGAAUCACCAUUCCCCUAUCCACCACUCAGCUCGCCCAGGUGCUUAAUGCCGUACAAUCGAAUCUAGGCGGGAAAGGUGGUAAUGGCGAGAGAGGCAUGGUGGGCGUCGUACCUGUCGCGGAAGGAGAUAGGAGGGUGGGAAGGUGGGGAUGUGCUGCCAGAAUCAAGAACGUCCACAAGAGUCCGAACGACGAUGAUACGUAUCACCUGGCCGUACAAGGAUUGGCUCGUAUCCGCCUCCCUCGAUCUCUCCCCCCAGUCCUCUCGAUCCUCCCUUCCAUACCCGUCCCUACAUCUCCCUACUCCCUCCCACUUCCAUCGGUGAUCCCACCCACUACCGAUAUCCUACCUCUCGCAUUCAAAUUACUUCCUGAAGAACUCCAUAACCACAUGAACACCUCCCCUCCAUCUUUACUAUGUGAUAUACUCGUGACUAUCCUGGAGGUAGAUCGAGAUACGAGAAUCGAAUUACUGGGUAUACCAGAUAUCGAAUUACGAUCUCAGAAAGUCAAAUCUAUACUUAUCGACCUCAUCACCUCAAGAGGUCUCACACGGUCAACAUCUCCAUCGGAUGAUGAGAGAGCUUUGAUAGUCAAACCUAAACAACCUCAACCGCUUUCCGUUAUUGGCGGUAAACCCAAACCACCUUUAGGAUUGGGAUCAAAUUCUUUCCCAGAGGAUUUACGACCUCUCUUCGAAUUGUUUCAAAGGAGGUUAGAUGAAUUGUCGUUAAAUGCAAGAGAGACGAUCCAAAGGGAAUUAACAAGAUUGAAAAAGAUCCCACCUCAAUCGGCAGAUUAUAGCGUAUCGAGAACGUAUAUAGAAUGGUUGUUGGCCCUUCCGUUCAAAAGGGUAAGUGAGAAUUAUGAGAUCGAUUUGAAGAGCGCGAGGAAGAGGUUGGAUGGGGAUCAUGAGGGUUUAGAGGGCGUCAAGAGGAGGGUGAUUGAGUAUUUGGCUGUUUACAGACUGAAGAAACAAUUGUUCGACGAAUCACAAGAGAAGAAAGCUCUCUUAAACUCCGCUCAGAGUGAUCAGAGUCAUGAUAAGCUCGAUCAGGAAGAUGAAAAGAACCUUUUAGAGCUUAUACCAUCUGCAACUUCUGGGAAACAGAACAUAGAAAAUCAUCUGCAUACGCCAGUGGUCGGUGGAGACGACGAACCUCCAACUGAUGUGUAUAGGGAUAAAGGACCGAUAUUGUUAUUGGUUGGUCCACCCGGUGUAGGCAAAACGUCAAUCGCAAAAUCACUAGCUACUUCUCUCGGAAGGAAGUUCCAUCGUAUCUCCCUUGGAGGUGUGAGGGACGAAGCAGAGAUUCGAGGUCACAGAAGAACCUACGUGAGCGCAUUGCCUGGAUUGCUCGUACAGGCUAUGCGUAAAGUUUGUGUCUCAAACCCCCUCAUAUUGCUCGAUGAGCUUGAUAAAGUUGGACAUGGCGGUUUUCACGGGGAUCCUUCUGCUGCGUUGCUUGAAGCGCUUGAUCCAGCGCAGAAUUGGAAUUUCCACGAUCACUACCUCGGCGAUGUACCCAUCGAUCUAUCUCAAGUGUUAUUUAUCGCCACUGCCAAUAGCCUCGAUACAAUCUCUUGGCCUCUAUUGGACAGAUGCGAAGUGAUUGAAUGCUCGGGAUAUAUCAUCCCCGAAAAACUAGCCAUCGCACAAAAGUUUCUGUUGCCUAAACAAAUCAAGGAAUGUGGGAUGAAUGAUACCCUAGUGAAAAUGGAUAAAGCCGUAUUGGAGAAAGUCGUCACAGAUUAUACGAGAGAAUCUGGAGUGAGAGAACUCGAAAGACAGAUUGGCAAAUUAUGCAGGAACAAAGCUGUUCAAUAUUCCAUCUCAAGAGAACCGUCCCAUCAUGAGAAUGCGAACGGGUACGAAUCCAGGGUCAGUGUAGAAGAUGUAGAGAGGAUUUUGGGAGUAUCGCAUUACGGGAGAGAAAAACCUGAGAGUGGUGUCAGACCAGGUGUGGUCAAUGGUCUGUCGUAUAAUGGUUCAGGUAAUGGCAGUCUGUUGAUCAUUGAGACGCUGCUCGUACCUGGUGGAUCAGGUAGGUUGGUAAUUACAGGUAGAUUAGGGGAGGUAUUUAGAGAGAGUAUAGAGUUGUGUCUCACUUGGGUGAAAUCUCGUUCGUUGAGCUUGGGUAUCACCGAUUCACCUGAACAAGAUCCCUUGAAAGGGUAUGACGUUCAUUAUCAUAUACCGGAGGGAGCGAUUCAAAAAGAUGGGCCUAGCGCAGGUAUCGCAACUGUAUUAGCAUUUAUCAGCCUGCUUACUGGUAAAGCAGUAAGUAGCGAUAUAGCUAUCACCGGUGAGAUGUCAUUAAGAGGUUCAUGUUUGAGGAUUGGAGGGGUGAAAGAGAAAGUGAUAGGUGCUCAUAGAGUAGGAGUGAACAAGAUAAUCCUCCCUAGGACCAAUCGACCAGAUGUGGAAGCAGAUAUACCUGAUUUAGUCAAGAAGGAAAUACAAUUCGUUUAUGUAGAUAAGAUCGAACAGGCGAUCGAGGAAGUAUGGGGUAAAGAUAUCUGGGUGGGACCCGGAGCUGGGGAGAGAGAUAUGAGAAUAAAAGUUGAUGCGAGGUUGUAA